AUGAAAUACGUACAACUCGGAAGUAGCGGUCUUCGCAUCGCCCCAAUUGGUGUCGGCUGCAUGAGCUUUGGAAACCCAGAGGGCCGUUUCAAAUGGUCAAUCCCAGAAGAAGAAGCCCUGCCCGUGCUUAACCAUUGCUAUGAAUCCGGCCUCAACUUCUUCGACACAGCAAACGCCUAUUCCAACGGCUUGUCUGAAGAAAUUCUCGGCAAAGCGAUCAAGAAAUACGGCUGGCGCCGGGAAAACAUCGUCGUCGCAACCAAACUGUGGGCACCCGUCGGCCGUGGUCUUGAACAGCCCAUGGCUAUGACGGAUGAUGAAAGGGAUAAUGCGGGCUACGUGAACGAAUACGGCCUGAGUCGAAAGCAUAUCUUCGAGAGCGUCGACGCCAGUCUCCGAAGACUUGACCUGCCCUACGUCGACUUGCUACAAAUCCACCGGUUCGACCCUAGAACGCCCCCAAGGGAAACAAUGGAGGCGCUUCACGAUAUCGUCAAGUCCGGCAAAGUGCGCUACAUCGGCGCUUCAUCGAUGUGGGCUCAUCAGCUGCUCGAGUACCAAUACACCGCUCGUCUCCACGGCUGGACAGAGUUCAUCUCGAUGCAGAAUCUCCACAACGCCACCUACCGCGAGGAGGAGAGGGAGAUGUAUCCCGCCUGCGCCAAAUUCGGAAUGGGCGGGAUUCCCUGGAGUCCCGUUGCAAUGGGCUUCUUGGCUCGACCCUGGCGGGAAUUCGCGAAAACUAAACGUGGUGAAGGACAGGGCUCGGGUUUCCUCGGUCAGCCUACUACGGAGACGGACAAAAAGAUUAACGAGCAGAUUGAGAAGAUCGCUGAGCAGCACGGUGUGUCGAUGGCGACUGUGGCGAUUGCUUGGUCCCUUUCUAAGCCAUUUAUUACGGCGCCUAUUCUGGGAAUGAGCAAGAAGGAGAGAGUUGAUGAGGCUAUCAAGGCUAUUUCGCUCGUGCUUAGUCCUACUGAGUUGAAGAGUAUUGAUGAUCUAUAUGAACCCAAAAAGGUUGUGGGCCACCAAUAA